AUCCUUGUGCCAAAAUGAAAUUCGUUGUAUUCGUGUGUGUUUUAUUGGGAAUGUUGGCCUGGAGUGAAGCAGCCAUAGCCACAGCACGUUUCCACAAUCCAACUUAUCCCGGCAAAUGUACAUUCGAUUCAAACACCAUUCUAUCGCCUGGACAAAAGAGUAAAGCACCCAAUCAUCCCUGUGCUGGUGUCACAUGUAUGGAAAAUAGCAUGGUGGAAUUCAGAACAUGCCCUCCAGUACCACCACCAAAAGGCUGUAAAAUGCGUGAUUUUGUCAAUGUAAAUCGCAGUUAUCCAGAAUGUUGUGAACGUCAUUACGAUUGUACCAAAUAUAUUUAA